AUGGCCGAAAUGGAAUAUCUUUACAAGAUGGAUGGUGAGGUGAUCACUACACCCCGCACGAAGCUUUCGGAGUCUUAUUUCAUCCCCGAGCGCGACUGGAUCAUUCUUCGAAAGAUGGAUGAGCAUCCAACCUUGAUCACCCCAGAGGAUUUUCAGGAAGGCAUGGGCCCCGCCUUCACCGCUGGAAAAUAUUAUUGCCGUCUUGCAGGUGCCGGCAACGAGAACAACUUUGCUUUUAUGCGCAUCUACAAACAGAUUCCUCUGUAUGGUACUCGCCUUGACAAUGCAAGUGUCCGACGGGCCCAGGCCUCUGAGCCACGAGAGCAUCCGGAGCUAGAGGCUAUGAUGCGCUUUACAAGGGACCGAUCCACUGCUACCCCUAAAGUCCGUGGGUAUCGAACUGGCAUACAAGAUGCAAACGACCUUGUCCCCGGCGGAUAUAUCAUCUAUCUGGUAUGGGAAGAGGUUAAAGGAUUCUGCUCCCUUGAUCGGCAGUAUUUCUGGAGCCUUCCCUACAACAAGCGCCAGUUGAUCCGUGAAAGGUUCAAGAUAGCCUUUAGUGAAGUUAUGAAAUUUGGGUACGAGCCGAUCCUUGCAACCUCGUCAAAGAUCAUACUCAACAAGGACACAGGUGAUGUCAAAAUCUCCGGUUUUAGCCGGGCUGUUCGCAUAGAUCCAGAUACGAAAUGGACAGACCACUUCUUCGUUAUUUUUUACCUAGUUCUGUCCCCCUUCAUGUGCGACAAGCGCCUUCCCAACCUGGCGACGGAUCUCCAACUUGACGAAAAGACCGGCUGGAGGUGGUGA